ACCGUUGGGCCAUAUUACUUCGCUGGUUCCCCCCAUGCCACCGCGGGCAACCCAGCAGAGAUGGAGGCGGAGGGGGAGAAGAGGGACACGAGCUUCCCUCGCCUGGAGGCCCCGGCCCAAACGGUGACAGGUUUAUGGGUGUCCGCUGGGUCCCCCACGCCCUUCCUGGCCCUCUGGAGCCCUCGGGCUUCGGGCCAAGCGGGCAGGGCCGGGGAUCAGGACGCCUGGGUCCUGCAGACCUCAGUUUGCUCCCCCGCGUGCACCAGCGGCGGCCUCUGCUUCCUCCCAGAGCCAGGAGCCCAGAACGUGCAGGUUCAGGUGCCGGCCGAGGUGCGGGGCCUCCUGGGGAACGACGUGCAGCUGCCCUGCCGCCUCGUGUCUGGGGAGGCGAAGAUCCAGGUGUCGCAGGUCAUGUGGCUCCGCUGGGACAGGUACGGCGGCAGCCAGAGCGUGGCCGUCUUCCACCCCCAGCACGGCGCCAGCUUCCCGAACUCGGGACCCCACGGCCAGCGCAUGGCCUUCGUCAGCGGGAACUCCAGGAAGACGGAGGCGGAGCUGGAGGACGCCACCCUGCUGCUGCGGGGGCUCCGGGCCGACGACGAGGCCAACUACACCUGCGAGUUCGCCACCUUCCCCUGGGGGAGCAGCAAAGGGGCCACGUGGCUGCGCGUGCUGGCGGAGCCCCAGAACCACGCGGAGCCCCAAGAGGUGACCUUGGGCCCGGGCCCCAUGCCCAUGGCCCGCUGCGUCUCUUCGGGGGGCCGCCCGGCCGCCCGCAUCUCCUGGUUUUCUCCCCUGGCUGGCAAAGGCACCGAGACCAGAACGGCAGGGCCCGAGCCCGGCACCUUCACCGUGACGAGCCGCUUCAUCUCGGUGCCCACCCCGCAGGCGGACGGGGCGAAGGUCACCUGUAAGGUGGAGCACGAGGCCUUGUCCGAGCCCGUCCUGCUGCCCCUCACCCUGUCUGUGCGAU